UAUCCCAUGGAUUAGAUACUCACUGCGAGUCUUGAACCUGCGGCGAGAGGUUGGCUGUGGAUCUGACAUUGAUAACGAGUGGAGAGACUAAAGUGCAGUUUUGCUCGUGAAGACAAUGAUGUGAAGUGGAUGAAGCUUAUUGUACCUGGCGGCAAUGCUCCGCAGGAGUUGAUAACGUAUCCAAGUUCUUCCCCGCAAUUCCGCAGUCACGAUAAGCACCGGAACGUUCCACUGGCCCGCACUUUUUAUACUAUUUCAGAUACGAAGAGCUAAUAGUCUCGCAGCAGUAUAUCAGCUACAAAAAACGAAUAGCGAUGGCUGUUCCGAAGAUGCUUAUCUUCCUGGAUGCGACCGGUCAUUGGACAUUCAUGAUGGACUCUAUACCUCUCAGUUUCCGCUUUAUACAUGCGAUUCCUACCAAAAUACGCUUCAAUUUUGUUGAGCCCACGGCAUCCCUAUUGCUAAAGACAUAAUGUCGCCGAGUAUGAAGGCCCCCGCAGAUACUAUGACUGCCAAGUCGGCAGACGAGGGCGAGAAUGAGCUCAGAAUUGGAGAGGCUAUCCCAGUCAAGAAACCCUUUUCUCGCCUUACAAUCUUUUCCCUCACUGUGGUUCUCAUGUCAACUUGGGAGGCGCUUUCCAGUACAAUGUCCUCAGGUCUCGUUAGCGGUGGCCCUGUAUCUCUCAUCUAUGGAUUUAUACUGGCAAUCGUGGGCUCCAUGGCAACAGCGGCCUCCUUGGGGGAGAUGGUGUCCAUGUACCCGACAGCUGGAGGUCAGUAUCACUUUAUCGCGAAGUUCGCACCCGACAAAUGGCAGAAUAUUCUGAGCUGGUUUGUAGGGUGGAUAGGAACCUUUGGGUGGGUAUCGUUCACUGCAAGCGCUCCAUAUCUUGCUGCAGGCAUGAUACAAGGCCUUGUAGUUCUCACAUGCGAGGCGUAUCAGCCUCAGCGCUGGCAUCUAUCAUUAAUAUACUGGGCUCUUGUUGGUCUCGCUACAGCUCUCAACAUCUGGGGCAGUCGUUUGUUCUCACUCGUAGAGACGGCGUCUCUCGUCAUUCACCUGGUCGGAUUUGUCGUUGUCCUGAUAGUUAUGUGGGUUUGCGUCCCAGCAAAACACAACGCCACAUUUGUCUUUACUACCUUCCUGAAUAGCACCGGAUGGUCGAGUAAUGGCCUUGCCUGGUGCCUAGGAAUGCUCUCCAGCUGCUAUGUACUGGCAGGCUACGACGGAGCCAUUCAUCUUUGCGAAGAGAUGGUUAAUCCAGAAACCGCCGUCCCAUAUUGUAUGCUGGGCUCGCUUGCCAUCAACGACAUAUUAGGUUUCGUUUUUCUACUCACCAUUCUGUUUUGCAUGGGAGACAUGGAAAACGCACUUGAUACCCCGACCAACUAUCCAAUAAUCGAAAUUUUUCGCAGUGUAACGGGAUCAUCGGCUGGAAGCUGUGCCCUGACGGCUGUUUUGAUAAUCGCAGCCUGGCUGGGCACCAUUGCGCUGCUGGCAUCAACCGCUCGUAUGGUUCUGUCCUUAGCUCGGGAUAGAGCUCUUCCAUUUUCCGGUUAUCUCUCUCAGCUUGAUACUCACACAGACUUACCGAAGCGCGCAAUCAUCACAACGAGCAGUUUGCUCGUGCUGUUCGGGCUGGUCAACAUCGCUUCCACUACUGCUUUCAACGCCAUCCUCUCACUUGCCGUCUUAGGAUUACACAUCUCAUACCUUGUCCCUAUCCUAUUUUUCCUAUGGCGCCGCCUUUCCGCCCCACACAGUUUAAACUAUGGGCCAUGGAGGCUUGGCCGUGCUGGUGUUGCCAUCAAUGUUAUCGCCAUCAUCUAUCUGCUAUUCACCAGCAUCUUCAUGGUGUUUCCCUCCUAUCAACCCGUCACUCCAUCUAACAUGAACUACGCUUCUUUGAUCUUUGGGUUUGUUUGGCUGAUGAGCGUGGUCUUCUGGAUUGUGCGGGGUCGAAAGGAAUAUGAUGGUCCUGCUGUUUUGUGAGGGGACUAUUUUCCAUACAUAUAGGAAUAUAAAUGGAAGGGGAAGUUUUAAAGGGGACAUACCAUAGCACAUCAAGACACUAGCAUCCUCAACAACAAUGAAUAGAGAGGCUAUAUGUGGGGUAGUUUACAG